CUCGCGCCAGCAGAGAUGCUGCAUGUGUUUUGAUCAGCACGCGUCGAGCCCGAGAACGCCGGGAACACAACGAUUCUCAACUGUCCCGAGUGCCCCGUUCUCUUAAAGCAGCCGGCGAAUAGGAGUCCCGAAACCUCACAGUUCCAGCCCUUUAUCCGUGCGUCGUUGAGAAACGGCCGCGGUCCUCUUCGGCCUGCAGACGAGCAUGGACAUCGCUUGUUAUUGAGCAGGAUCCUGAUGACACAUCAAGUAUGAACUCCUUUUUAACAGAAUGGCGGAGCCCUUCAAUGAAAAUUCCACUGGAGAUUUGAACGAGGCAACGUCGUUGGCUCCGUCGGUGAACGCGACAGAGUCAGCAGAGGCUCAGAGCGUAGAGACCCCAGCAAAACAAGAGCCCACCGAAAACGCCGCACCAGACAGCAAAGUUCUUGUCAGAUAUCCAGCAAAGGAAACGCGAUUUUUCGCUGCUAUUGGUCUGGCUAGAAUCAGAAAGUUGCCUUUGAAGCAGCGCAAUUCAGACGAAUCUGGUCGAAAGACUCGGUCGGCUAUAAAACAGCUUAGAAAGCUUAGGCCCCAAGUGCAUACCAUUCUAGAUGCUGAAAAUUCUCAUCCUGCGGAAGAGUUAAUUGAGCCGGUCAAGGUUAAGGAAGAGGUUUUGGAGGUUAAAUGCAACACUUGCUGCCAGGUUUUCGUUACGAUUGGUCAGCUCAGCCAGCACAUCAAGGACGUGCACUGGGUUACGAAACGGUGCAAGACCUGUAAGAUUGAAAAGUUUGACUCGUGGACGGAAUUCCAAAACCAUCACCUGCAACACCACCUGCGAAGCUGUUUUGUGCGACUGGAAAGACUUGUCGGCCCGGAAUACGAAAUUGUCGAACAGGUGGCCAGCAAGGUUGUCGCCAAAAAGAGCACCACCCCUAUCCGCGAGCCAAUCAAACUCACCCUCCGGCUCACAAACUGCCGCAAAGCCAAAGCUGCGGAAGAACGGUUUGAGCUGGAGCGGCGUGCGUCCGAGGAGGCUGCAGUGUCGGGGCUGCAGAAGUUGGACAAGGCAAUGGAAGGACUGCAUCAGGUGUCGGACGUGGUCAACAAUAGUAGAACGCAACCUUCACCUGCAGUCUCACUAGGGGCUAGUAGCCCUGGCAGCUUUACCUUAAGAUACGACAGUUCUCCUGCGUCAACAGGAGCGUCCUCCCCAGCGCACCAGACAACAGUGCACCACCCCCAAAUUUCAGUUCGUAGUGCUGCAUCUCUUAUGAGCGAAUCUGUUCUCCGAAACAUUUUGUGUGAAAAAGACGCUUCAAUUCCCACGCAGGGCACUGCCCAGGAGCCGGAGUUUGUGUCCGUCGAGAGACUGUCCUCGAUCCUGACGCCCCCGAACUCUACAACCCCCUCUGUUGCGUCCCCACCUGCUCCGGCAGCUCAACCAACUUCGGUGAUCCAGCAACCCAUUAUGCAACAGCAGCUUCCACAACAACAGAUCGUCAACCAAGUGCCUGUGACCCAACACUUGGUCCUGGCGCCUCCGAUGCAAGCCACACAGAUGCUGACCACUUUGGUGCAAAACCAGCAGCAGCCUGCCCAAAUGCCCCUGCAGCAGAUGGCGGCCAUGCGGAACAAUUUUGUGCCGGUGGUGAUGCAGCCCCAGCAGUUUCAGACUUACAGUUGCAGUGUUUGUCAGUACCAGGCCAAGAGUGCGGAGGAGCUGGACGGACACAAAACCCUCCACGGACACUACCGCUGCUCCCUCUGCCUCAAGGUUUUCAAGAGCAGGGUGGAGUUAAACUUGCACUGCAACACCAUCCACAGAAAUGUGCAGCCCCCAACGGCCAACCCUCCCAGUUAUCAGCAACACAUGCAGCACAAUGGCCAGCAGCAGCAGUGGAACGGGCAAAUGAUUCAACAGCAACAAAAUCAACAAUAUCAGCAACAGCAGCAAGCCCAGCAGCAGUUUGUUAUCCAGCAACAACAGCAGCAACACCUGCAACAGCAACAACAACUUCAACAGCAAAAUCAGCAGAUUUUCCAACAGCAAAUUCAGCAGCAACAACUCCAGCAGCAGCAAAAACAGAUUCAACAGCAACAACUGCAAAACCUGCAGCAUCAGCAACAACUGCAGCAACAACAUCAAAUUCGUAUGCAGCCACACGGGAUGAUGCAGCAAAACAUGCAGCAGCGGAUGGUUUUGCAGCCGAGAGGCGUCCGUCAACCUGCAGUCCGAGCCCGGGCGCGUUUCCCGUACCAGGCAAACACACAGACCAGGCCUCCGUUGCCCCACUUGAUGCCGGCAAAGCGGCCGGCGGCUCCAGCAACUGUCCAGCAGGGCGUUCCUCCUGCCAAGAAGACGCCCGACCUAGCCAUUCCCUCCGAGCAGCCUGACGACUGCCAAAUUAUUGCUGUCCAGAGAGGCGGAGACGGCGUGCCUCAAAUUACAAGUGUCCAGGGCGCGGCCUCGUUGGCCACCAAGACUUCUAUGAAUGCAGCCUCUAGUCUGCUGAGCAAUACGGACAUCUCAGUUUCCAUCCAGCCGAUGGAAAAGUCAAAGGACAAACCACAGCCAGAUGUGGUUGCUGAUAUUUUGAAGGACCGAGGGAUCACAGUGGUCUCAGCUAUUCGUGAGAAGAGCAGUACUGAAUCAACUACUGAGAAGCCUGACUCAAAUGGAAUGAUGGACCAAAUUCCUGAGGCCCUGAAGAACAACUCAUCCAUCUACAUCACUCCCACCCCCAAAGCAAACGGGGGUGCCAAACCGACUGACAUGGCAGCACCGCCAGUUCCUGCUGCCCAGGCGUCUCCAGUCGAACGACCUGCCAGGCCUCCGACUGUGGACCUCACUGCCGAGUCAAUGAGGACCCAAGCUGCUCAAGCAGGUCCUUCUACUGCAGCGUCUGCCACUCAAGCUCGAAGACCGUCUGUGCACACAUGUCAAUUAUGCAGCAAGACUUUUUCGACCCCCUCUGCCUUGAACAUCCACAUUGGAAUGGUUCAUUCAUCUAACUCUGCUGAAAAAAGUGUUCAGAGAUGUUCCCUUUGCAACGCUCAAUUCCAAACUGCAGCUUCUCUCCAGAUGCAUAUGAAGCAGAUGCACAAAUCCACCAGUCCUGGUCCGGCCGAGCUGGCGAUCCCUGUGGUCAACAUGCAAGACCCUGCGGUUGUGGCCAAACUCGCUUCCAUUGGAAUUAAACACUUCAUUCCCCUGCCAGGUGCAAAUCCUGCCUCCGGCAUGUUCAGCAUCCCCGUCAUCUCUGCCGAAGCGGCCCUCAGGAAUACCAACACCUACAACCUAAAUGCUAUUGGUGCUUCGUCCAUCCUGAACUUAGGACCGCUGCGAAUGCUCCCCCCUCGUUAAAAUCGAAUCUCAACUUUGUCAAAUUAUACUCUGUGACCUUAUGUCAGUGCAGACUGAUGCAUAUGUUUAAAAAGUAAACUGCAAUUUCAGUUUGCAUCAUUUCAGUUUAUUCUCUUGCUGACUGAAUACUUCUUGUACCAUCUUUGUUUAUUUAAUUUCAAUAUUUCUGGGAACAAUAACGUCACUCAAAAUUGUGUCUGAUGUCUGACCAUGAGCAAUACAUGGCACCUAUGUAAAUUUUUAUUCGCACCUUGUGAUGUGUGAUAAAAAUUCAAUUAUAAUAGUAAUUGAACUCAAUUGAAAUUAAUGAUUCAUUUCUUUUAAUUUUAAAAUUUAACUAAUGAAUUCUCUUAUGUUAUCUCAAAUGGAACAAACUUUAACAUUGAUUGAAGAUUAUUAAGUCAUAUAAAAAUGAUAACAUUUAAAAGUUUGAAAAAGUGAAUUGAGAACUGAGAAAAUUUGGUUUCACGACAGACCUGCACAGUCCCGUUAUUGCCCCUCUGUAAAACUUGCACGGAGCUGCGGUGAGCCUUCUUCUAAAGACAGCGUACUGAUUGAUUUAAAUAGAAUUUUUCACAACAUAAGUGAUUUAUCUUACAAUUAAUAACUUUGUAAUGAAAGAGUAUUAUAUUGAGAAAAUUUGUCGAGUUUCACUUGCAACAGAUUUAGUGAUGGAGGUACAAUUAUUAUAGGAAUAGUUGUAUCAAGCUGUUCAAAUACUAAUUAUUAUCAAUUUAUUUUAUACUUGUGAUGCUUCCAAAGUGCUGCAUAUAACAUAAAUUUCUACAAUAAAACACAAACAUUCAAUUGAAUGAGAAUCCUUUAUUCAUAUCAAAAUCCAGAGGUUUACACAAUGUUACAAAAAAA